AUGGAGUUGAAUAAUAUAGUGGAUGAUGAAUACUUUAAAAGUUAUUUCAAUUUAAAUGUUCAUGAAGUAAUGUUAAAAGAUAAACCAAGAACUUUAGCUUACAAAAAUGCAAUAGAGUUAAAUUCGAUUGAUUUUCAAGAUAAAGUGGUAAUUGAUGUUGGAUCAGGUACAGGUAUAUUAUCAAUGUUUGCAGCAAAAGCAGGAGCAAAAAGAGUAUAUGCAAUUGAAGGAUCAUUAAUGGCAGGAUAUUGUUCACAAUUGGUUCAACAUAAUAAACUUGAUUCAAUUAUAAAGGUAGUUCAUAAGAGAAUGGAAGAAAUUACAGAUGAAAUUGAAGAUGAAAAAGUUGAUAUCAUUAUUUCAGAGUGGAUGGGAUUUUAUUUAUUUCACGAAUCAAUGUUAAACAGUGUAUUGUAUGCACGUGAUCGUUAUUUAAAAGAUAAUGGUAUAAUGUUUCCAUCUAGAGCAGAUAUAUUUUUAGCACCAGUAAAUAUGAAUAAAUUAAUGGAUAAAAAAAUAAACUUUUGGAAUGAUGUAUAUGGUUUUGAUUUUUCAAUUUUAUCUGAACCAGCUCUUCAAGAAUUACCAGCUCCAUAUGUUGAAUAUUUAGAAAAAGAUCAAUUAGUUUUAAAAGAAAAUAAAAUUUUAUCUGUAAAUUUUAAUACAAUUACAUGUGAAGAAUUAGAAGAUAUAAUAAUAAAUAAUAUAGAUUUUAAAUUUCCAGAAAAUAUUAAACCAAAAACUAUUCACGGAUUUGGAAUUUGGUUUAUUUGUUAUUUCGACGGAUCAAAAGGUACUGUCGAAUUAUCAACAGCACCAGGUGAUCCAGAAACUCAUUGGAAACAAACUACAAUCCUUUUACCAUCAGGUAUUGAUUUAGAAGGUGGAGAAACAAUGACUUGUAGAUUACAAAUGACCCAAGAUUCUUUGAAUAAAAGAAUUUAUGAUUUAAAUUUAGAGUUUCCAGAUGACGAAGAACAAGAAAUGGAACAAGAUGGUGAUGACGAUGAUGAUGAAGAACAUGAAGAAUCAUGUGAUUGUUUAAAAUGUAAAAUCAUUAGAGAACAUUCAAAAUAA